GCUGUUACAUAAGCAUUGAGCAAAAUGCUUGGAAGUAUCGGAGCAGUGAGGCGUGCUGUAUGCACAAAAAAAAAAAAGACAUCAUUCCUAAUUGCUAGGCUGGAGCCAUCACAACUUCAGCAUUUCUGCGCAGCUUAUCAUCAUGAGACUAUUUUAUGUCCACUGCAGGACAAAGGCCUCGCCCUGCGAUCCCCAAUUGCCCCUGUCCUGCGCCAACCGAUUCCAACUUGUGCAGCUUGUACUACAUUGCAACACUAAGCUACUGCAAUGGUUACCUUGGUUAGUAGAAGUGCAACACAUAGUGCAGUAAGCUGUGCACUUGGCGACUACCACUACUAAUAAUGGUACGACCUUGCAUUGGUCUCGUGCAAUUGGUGCAAGUAGUGUGGCUAUGCUCGAAUCUGUGUAUACAACAACCUUUACCAAGAGCACGUGCAACACGGAAUGUUUUAUGACGGUGUGAACAGUUAUUUCGCCGUAUGCCAUAACGUUAACCUACUGCGCGUGCCCGGGAUACCGAAACUGCUCUCGAUCGCCGGUUACCGUGCACGUGUCUAUUCUACGGUGGCAACACGGCAGCUUUCUAGGAAGGCAGUGCCUCGUGUUAUUCGUCACGGCAAGAAAUCAACGGUAAAAUCGCGCAUUCUGUGGCUGUAUAUCCCAGUUUAGCUUUCCUCAGCGUUAUUGCCCCGGACGCUUUCGAGUCUACCUGCCCGGACUGCGGCUCGGUUAGCAGCCUAGAACACAUGCUCUGGCGGUGCCCCUCGUUACGGGGACCCAGUAAAGUCACCGAGGAGAAGUGGAGCUCUGCCAUCAAGAGUUCCGAUCUUCUCCCACAACUCCGGGCUGUCCAAAGAGUCCGCGAUGCGGCGGUGAGGCUAGGCCAUAUGGCUAGGACUCUCCGUCCCCACGUGGGAGCGGCCCGCGGUGCUGCCCGUGCUGCUCCAUGUGCGGCGCUUCUCAGAACCCUUUAUUAAAGUUAUUUGUCUGUCCGUGUGUCUGUGGCUGCACCGAAUGUUGCAUCCGAAAAUGUCUUCGUCCACUUCCGACACACUGCGCUGUACGAAGUUGGCAAUAAUUGGUGAAAAAUAAUCGACUACGUAAACGAGAAUGGACAAGAUGAUAUUGAUGAUAUUUUAGAAUUUUUGAAACCUCGUACGGGCUGUGCUAGCCGUAGUAGAUUGUGGUGCAGUGCACAUCAUUGGUUUCGACUGAAGUGAAUGUUGGAAGAACUCGUAUUUCAGUCUGCUCACUAUUAUUUCUACGGCGAUACAAGUGCCGUCUCAGGAAUCCCAGUUGUGUGCAUUUCGGUUUCCUUCCGGGUAGCCAUUCCGGUGCCGUGGGUACGCGGCAUAGAAUAGUUGGCAGGGAAAAUGUGGAUGAAGAAGAAGGAGGCAGGAAGAGGUAUGGCUCCCAGGCGCAUCUGGACCGGUUAAAGUUCGCUCGAUGCCGUACUAAGAGGAGUCGCAGAAUACCUAUAUACAUUUGGAGGGCCCGCCGAGCACAUCGUAUGUGGCGGCUGUUGCAGUCGCAAUGAGCACCCUUGAUUCUGCAUAAGCGGAGCGGUAACUCGUCGCCGACUUCGCGCUUGCCGGCGAUGGCAUCGAAGGCGCAGUCGCGCAGGAGGCGCGACGGCGACUCGUCGUCGACACCGUCCAGCAGCAGCACCUCGGACAGCACGUCUACGACCAUGUUCGACGUGACGAAGGCUGUUUUCACGACGACGACGACUUCAGAAGAGGACGAAAGCAGCCGUCAGGUUGUCCAAAAAUCCAGCUCUAAAAUUGAGGUGAAUCUGCAGCAGGACCCUGCGGCUAUGGGUGUCACUUCCCAGUCACUUCCAGGACCAUCGGCAUUCAAUGUGUUUUUGCCCAUGGGGCGUUCUGUGCCGGUUACGUUCACUGACCAGGGAAUCUGUAUUCCUGGCUACAAUGCUCCUGCGGCUGCAAUGGAAUCUGAAGAGGAGGUAACCACUUCCAUGACCACUACAGAGCAGCAGCAGCAAGCGCAAGGUGCUCCUGUAGCUGGCAUUUUCCAGUUGCUUCCUGCCGGGUCAUAUCUGCCUACAUUUGUCAACAUGGAACAGCUAGAAGAUGAAGAAAAUGAGUGUGACGAGGAUGAGAAGCCAACGGAAGAAUAUGAUGAGGUGCAAGAAGAAGCAGGAGCAGCAGCUGGCAUUGUCGAGGCUACUGUUCACGAGAGAGAAAUGUUUGUUCAAAUGCAGGGGCCACUGCAGGGAGAGACAAUGGGCACCAUAGGUUGGCCACAACCGGCAGCACCGACCUUUUCACCUCUACUGAUGCCGCCGCCAAUGUCGCCAACAAUGUCACCACCUGUGCCACAAACACUGCCACCACCAAUGUAUGCCAGUAUGCAAGCAGCUCAGAGCUACAUGCCACAGCAGUACGGCAUGCUACCACCCUUUGGAUGGCAAGCACAGACGAUGCAGAGUCAAGACCAAGCUCAGGCUUAUGGCCAGUCAUUCGGCAUGAUGCCACAGCAGGCACAGUGGCCAGCGUAUCAACCAUUUUGGCCGGGAAUGCAGUGGCAGUUGGGGCAGUCACAGUGGUUGCAGAGCCAAUACAUGCAAGAAGGUUCCCAAAUGGUUCAACAGCAGCAACAGCAACAGCAGCCCCAACAGGAGCCCAUUACGGGCCAGCUGCAGCAAGAUAUUCUUUUGUCACGUAAGAGAGGUCAAUCACCUACACGUUUGUCAGGGAGGGUUCGCAGUAUGUCGUUACCUUGCCGAAUAUCUAGGGAGGGGCUGCCUUCACAGACGACGUCUCUGACAGAAGUAGAGGUGCAAGCGCAUGUUGGCUCACUGCCUUGUACAGUUCACCGAGUUCUGUCAACACAGACCUCCCUGCAACAUAUUGAACGAAAAUGUGUUAGUGCAGAAUCGAUGACGUAUGUAGAUACAUUUGACAAGCUGCCUGGAAAGGAGGGCAGAAUUGAGGUCUCCCAAGUGAUACAUGUGUCAUCUGACCAGCUGGCUACAGAUGCUACACAUACUACGCAGGCAACAUUGAGAACAGAGACCUGUCCUACAAUACAAGAGCUUCAAAGUAAAAAGGUGCUGCUUGGACAUCAUGCAGCUAAUGUGCCUGAUGUGCCUACAAACAUUUCCUCACAAGAGGAGUUGAGAGGACAAAGACUUGAACCACAUUGUGUGUCUCGGGGAGCUCAGAUGACCUCUGUAGUUAGUGCUGCUGGAACUGCCUGUGCAGAUGGAACGACACAGAUUUCAACAAGCCCACUACGGGUGCUUGUUUCUGAAGUGCCAUACAAACAGACCGGAAAUCAGGCAGUUCAGACAUUAUCCUUUGAAUCUGUGACCACAUUACCUGGUCAUGCCACUCGGACAAUUUCAUUUGGACAACACAGUGGAGGGAUUCAGACUGACGUGCUCACCCAUUCAACCUCUGUUCCUACACUAACUGUUGGCUUGAAUCCUCAGCAGCAACGACAUUUCACUGCACAGCAUGGAGGUGUUUUCCAGCCUUCCCAAGAGCCACUAAUGCUGCCUGAAAGACCACGUUGUGAUAUUGAGGUACAGUGUAACUAUGAGCCCUUUGUCCACACUACAACAAACAUUGCUGCGGUGAAAGUAGAGCAGAAGUAUGAGCCUUUUGGUGGACAUCAAGAAGCCUUUGUUCAGCGUAAUUAUGAACCCUUUGAUGCAGUAGCUAAAGAUAUCACAACUACUCCAAGGCCUUUGCAUGAUAUUGAAGUGCAAAUCGGGCAUGAUCCUGUUAAAGACUUCACAAAGGACAUUCAAGCUCAAUCUGAGCAGCCAGUGCAUGACUUUGGCAUUCAGUGUGUAUACGAACCUGACAGUGUGACGACGAGGACCAUUUUCAGAGCUGAGAGAAGACCUAUGCAUGAUUUUGAGCAGCAGCAUAAUUAUGAUCAGGUGGACUGGCACGCAAGAGAUGUUUACACAGUUCAGGAGCGGCCAAUGCAAGACAUUGGGCAGCAACAUGUUUGUGAUCAGAAAAACUAUAGUGCAAAAAGUAUCUAUGCUGUCCAAAGCAUGGCAAUGCAAGACUUCGGAGUGCAGCAUGAUGUUCCUGUCACUGUGUCCCCACCACCCACAACAGCGCACGUCUUAUAUGGAAUGGUAGGAAUGGGUGUUGGUGACAGUAGGCCACAGAGCGUUGUUGAAGGCCAUCGCAGAUUUCCUCAGAGACCUGUGUCCCGUGUCCGAUCAAGGCCAUCAGUGAGCAGCUGUGCAUCAUCUGUUUUUAUGUUUGGCCAUUUGGAUCUUCCUUGCAUGGCAAAUGCUGGCACCCAAGCUGGUGAGAUGGGUCGCCACCGUCUGUCACCGACAUUUGCUGUCUCAGCUCCAAGAGCAGAGGCAGCCUCAUACCCAUGCAUUGCUGUCUGCUCAAGGAACACUGUGAGCCAUCCCUGCACCCUGAACGUCAGCAGCUAUCCAGGGCGUCUUUCCCAAAGUGCUCAGACAAGGGACGCAAUCUUUCAGACAGAGGAACCAGUUGCAGUCAGGGCUCCUACCAUAGAUGCAAGGUCCCGGUCACUCUCUAGGGAACCUGCUACAAGAACACCACUUAGAGAGGCAGCUGUGCAGACCUUUGCGGGACCACCAGCACCACGUACCAUGUCACCACCCUCGUCACCUUCAUACCAUCCUGGUCCAUUUGGAACGUCCCCGUUGGGCUCUUCACAAUGCACCUCACCUGCUCGAGAUGCAGGUCUCCAAACUGAGGGAUUUGCUGAUGCACGUAGAAGUCCUUUUGGAGGGCCUUUCCAACAUGACGAGCUUGUUGGGCAACUGGCUGAAGCUACCAGAGGUCUUGGGCAUGGCAUAAUGAUCCAGGCGAGUUCUCAGGCACCAGCUGCUGCUUGUGCCUGGGGUCCCUCGAAAUCUCAGUACACCAGUGCAGCAGCAGCGGCAGCAACUAUGACGGAAGUGUAUCCAUGUGGCCAUUUGCCCCAAGUGUUGCAGAUGAGAGAGACACCUCCAAGCCCUCCCCCACUUUCACCACCCCCUCAUUCACCCUCUCCAUGCCCCUGUUUAGCAGGCCAUGGCUGGACCCCAGUUGUGGUGGAACACAAAAUUGGCGUCGGUGGAAACUUGGCACAGCUCCUGACGUUGAGGAAGCAGCAAGGCCUCACUCCUGAGCAGCCUGUCCUGGAAGAAAAGGGCACUUCCGAGGGGCUCCUUGCAGGACCUGUGUGGGGCUCAGCUGACGGCGAGCAGGAGUAUGGGGACCAAGGUAGCUCGCUGAUUGAACAGUCUUCAGGAGUAGGCGAGUACUCAGCGACUGGUGCAGUCCUUGGGGCUGCCGGCCUUGUGCCAGAUGCCUCAGGUGUCCCAGGCACGGUCAGGAGAUCGUCUAUUGAAACAACUAGCAAUGUGACAAGAUCAACAAAAGUGGCUGCCAUACUACCUGAGGUUACCGUGGCCUGCUUUCUUCUGGCCUUACUUUUGGUACUGGUUGCAUCAGCUGCUCUUCUUUCUUGGACAACACGUCGACAUGCCCGUAUUGUUCUUGCUGGACAAACUACCAAAAAGGCUCUACAUCCCAGCAAUGCAACAUACAUCAUACCACCAUUCAGCAUUCUUCCACACGAUCGUGCUCUGCAAACCAUCGACUCGAGUCUGCACGUGAAGUUCACAGCAGGCACUGGGAGUCACACCUCACAUGGCCCUCCGUAUUCUGGUCUAACGGCACCUGGCCCAGGUAUAACGACACCUGGCCCAGGUACAUACGAACUCUGCACCACCGAGUUCUGCAUGAAAGAAGGACAGAUGCUGCGCUACUUGCUGAAUUCAGACAAGGAUCCGUGCAAGGACUUCUACGAGUAUGUGUGCAGCCAGUGGGUAUCGCAGCAACUCCCUGGUGCCUCCCACAUAGACGCUGACGGAGCCUUGGCAGCAGAGAUUGAGGCCAGGAUGAACUCAUUCCUCAAUGGCCCCGAUAUGUCAAGCAUCCGGCCUUUGUUCACAUUCUGGACCAACUGCAACCAUCAGGCACCAGUCCCACAAGACCGUGCCCUGAGCCAUAUGCGAGCACUUGGCCUGGAGCUGCCAGGUCCACGGACGCCAACGUCGCCUGAGCGCCUCAUGGUGCUUGCUGUGACGCUGGCCCAAGAGUUUGGCCUCUUUGCACUGGUUACAGUUGAGCUUGACAGUGAUCCAGAGGGCAAGGUCCAAAAUGUGCUGGCGGUUGAUGAGCCUGAACUGGCAUGGGGCCGGAUGAAGCCUCCGCUAGUCACAACUGAACGCACCAUGUACUGGGACAUGCUCAUCAGGACAGCACAGCCUCUUGCUUCACUACUGCUUUCGGAUGUCGCUGCAAUCCAGUCCGCAGCCCACAGCUUUGCACGUAUCACCAUGGCCAUGACCAAUGUCUCAGUAGCCCACCGCCACAUCUCGGACCGAAUGGGCCUGUACGAGAUGCACAGCUACCAGGAACUGAACAGGCUGCACCCGCUGCUCAACGGCCUUUUCGGGAGCAACCAAUACCUGCGGCCAUCCUCUCGGUUGCUUGUCAAGGCACCCCGCUUCGUUGACCUCGUCUACAAGCUCCUGGCCACAGACAGAAAAGCCUUGCACCAGUACAUUGUUCUACUGGCAAUGCUUCAUUUGGCUCCGUUCCUGGACGUGCCAGACGCGUCCAGUGCCUUUCUGGGAUCCCUGACGGGCGAGGCCGUGACUUGGGGGACACCGCCGCAGUGGCGUGUCUGCCUGCGCCUGGCAGAGCGCACCCUGCCCAACCUGAUGCAGGUGGCCUACGAACAGGUCUUCAAGGGAAGCCCCAUCUUUGAUGAAGUCAUGGGGGACAUCAUGGUGGAUGAAGUGCGUAAUGGCCUUGUCGAGUUCAUCGACAGUCUGAGCAUUUUGGAUGCCUGGUCCAAGAUCAUUGCCAAGAUUAAAGUUCGGGACACCAAGGUCUACACCUUCUAUCCCAUCGUUCUGGCUGACCCCAAGAACUUGAAUGCGUAUGUCAGGAAGCUGGAACGAAGUGUCACCUGGGAAGGAGACAUAAUGGAGUACUACAUACGACUUCGAGGCUUUCUGGCACAGAUGAAGGAGCAGGAUGAGACCCUCGAUUUUUUUCUGCCUAGGUGGAAGCACUCCAUCUUCGACCCUGAAUGCGUUUACUACCCACGAAGAGAUGUGGUGUAUGUUCCCGUGGGUUUCUUUAACCUAAGCGUUCCCACAAGCCCGGGAGAGAGGAUGUUCCAUGUUCCUCGUGCCGGGCCACGGCUCAUUGGCUGCUUCUUCAGGGUCAUUUUGGAGAACACUGGCCUGUACAAACCGGAGGGCCUCUGGUGGACAGAAUCGACGCGGGCUGCUUUCCAGGAGAGCAUGGCCUGUCUUGAGGAGAAGCGCGACCAGAUGGUUUUACAACAUAGAAGGAUCGAUCUGCACGAUGUGAGCAGGCGCCUCAACUUGCAAGGCCUGAGUGACAUUGAGGACAAUGUAGCUGUACGUGUCUCGGUAAAGGUGUAUGGCGACCGACUGUUUACAAACCGGUACCUCAACCGGGACUACAGGCUUCCUGGAGUAGAAAACUUGUCUUCCCGCCAGCUUUUCUUCAUCUACCUUGCCCGGAGUCACUGCGAGGCUCCCUCAGUUGAAAAAAGCAUUGAAGACAUUCGCUGCUCAUACAAGAGCAAGGGAAGAUACAGGACGAACCUGGCCUUGAGCAACAACCGUGAAUUCGCUGAUGCAUUUCAGUGUGCCUCUGGCACAGAGAUGAACCCUACGACACAGUGUUCUGUCUGGAGCUGAAGGGUCAUGUCCAUUACUUAUUUUUAUAAGUCUAGCUAGGUAUAAUAAAAUAUGCACGUGCUCUGUUGUACAGAUGCCAUAGCCAGCAAUUUAUA